CUGUGGUCCAGCCAAAGAGAGCUAGAGUAUGUUCAUAAUAAAGACGUCACCCUGUGCUUUGACCGUGCCAACCAAGUGCGCAGCUCUUAACUGUACAACUACAAUCUCGACAUGCUCACGGACGACCGAGGAAUCCUCACAUCCCCUGCGUUCGUCAACACAAACAUUCUGGCACCAACAUCUGCAUUGGAUCGGUAGCCAGGACACCGUUUUUCACUAUAGGACGUUUUUGGGCACGCGGACUUCUUUGCUGCGCACUUGAAGCUGAUUAGCGAGGAUUUAAAGGAAGGAGAAGCCAGGGACUCUUAAGCAUUGCUCCUGCGAUGGAGGAGGUGUCAGGUCCCCGGUCCUGCACUGCAAAGCCUCCCCACAGUCUGCUGGAAUGGAAGAAGAGAGUCAAGUCUGAGUACAUGAGAUUAAGACAGUUAAAACGCUUCCGCAAAAAUGAGGAGGUCAAGGGUCUAUUCCAGUCGAAUCGCCUUAAGAUUGAAGGAAGAACUGAGCUGCUGAAUGAGGAAUGGUCCAAGCUCCGAAUCCAGUCCAUUCCUCUGUCCACAACCUCUCUGCCCAACAAAAAGUUGUGCAUGGUAGAGUUUGGCUUUCCGUCCUUUCCGAACCAGGCAGUUGCCAUGCGUCCCUUGACAACUGUUGCUGGGAUACCAUUCAUGUACUCCUGGUCCCCUUUGCAGCAGAACUUCAUGGUGGAAGAUGAGACGUUUCUGCAUAAUAUCCCCUACAUGGGAGACGAGGUGUUGGAACAGGAUGAGGCUUUUCUGGAAGAGCUUAUUGACAAUUAUGAUGGGGUGCAUGGUGACAGAGAGGGAGGAUUCAUAAACGAUGAGAUCUUUAAGGAGCUGGUGGAGGCAUUGAGCCAAUACUCAGACCCAGAGGAAGAAGAGGAGGAAGAGCCCGCAGAGAAUGAGGAGGAAGAGCCCGCAGAGAAUGAGGAGGAGGUGGAUGAGAAAGGCAUGCAGAAAAGUGCUUCAGAAGGACCAGAGGAGUCAAUAGUGGGCAUCUUCAAGAGAAAGAGGAGCACUGCUGAAGGAAGAGAGGUGUCCACCAAUAAGAAGAUUCCUGACGACAAGAUUUUCACAGCUAUUGCAUCCAUGUUUCCAUACAAAGGCACCAUGGAGGAGCUGAAGAACAAGUAUAAGGAUCUCCUGGAGCCGUCCAGCCCUGUGAAGUUGCCUCCUCUCUGCACGCCCAGCAUGGACGGCCACUUUGCCAAAUCUGUUCAGAGAGAGCAAAGUCUGCACUCUUUUCACACACUUUUCUGUCGCCGCUGCUUUAAAUACGACUGCUUCUUGCACCCUUUCCAUGCAUCUCCUAAUGUAUAUAAGAGGAAGAAUAAAGAGAUCCGAAUGGAGACAGAGCCCUGUGGACUGGACUGCUUCCUACUGCAGAAAGGGGCAAAAGAGUUUGCUGAUCUAAACAUACUGAGGUCUCAAAGGCCCCGGCGUCGACGCCGACAGCCCCGCCCCUCAAGUUCAUGUGGCCCCACAGGCUCCGGUGAGGAGGAAAAAGGAGGAGACAGCGACCACGAUACCACCAGUUCCUCAGAGAGUAAUUCUCAGUGUCCCAGUCCCACCAAACUGAGACCAGGAGAGGAAGAAGCUGAGGAGUCCAAGCCGCCUCCUCAGUGGGGCGGAGCAGAGGAGUCUCUGUUUAGAGUCCUGCACGGCACAUAUUACAACAACUUCUGCUCUAUUGCACGACUGAUUGGCACCAAGACGUGUAGAGAGGUCUACGAGUUUGCAGUGAAAGAGAUGCUGAUUCACCGUGUUCCACUGGAGGAUGGUGGGAUCUCACCUCAGAAGAAAAAACGAAAGCACAGAUUAUGGGCAAAGAUACAGCUGAAGAAAGACAACUCAUCCAAUCAAGUGUACAAUUAUCAGCCAUGUGACCACCCUGAGCACCCGUGUGAUAGCUCCUGUCCAUGUGUGGUGACACAAAACUUUUGUGAGAAAUUCUGCCAGUGCAAUCGAGAGUGUCAGAAUCGGUUUCCUGGCUGUCGCUGCAAGACUCAAUGUAACACCAAGCAGUGUCCGUGUUACCUGGCUGUGCGGGAGUGUGACCCUGACCUCUGCAUGACCUGUGGGGCCGCAGAUCAUUGGGAAAGCAAACAGGUCUCCUGCAAGAACUGCAGCAUCCAGAGAGGACUCAAGAAGCACCUGCUCCUGGCCCCAUCUGAUGUUGCAGGGUGGGGUACAUUUAUCAAAGAGCCAGUCCAGAAGAACGAGUUAAUCUCUGAGUACUGUGGAGAGCUUAUUUCCCAGGAUGAAGCAGACCGGAGGGGCAGAAUCUAUGACAAGUACAUGUCCAGCUUUCUGUUCAACUUGAACAAUGACUUUGUAGUGGAUGCCACUCGAAAGGGGAAUAAAAUACGAUUCGCCAACCACUCUGUCAACCCCAACUGUUACGCAAAAGUUGUCAUGGUUAACGGUGAUCACCGCAUCGGAAUCUUUGCCAAGCACUCCAUACAACAAGGAGAAGAGCUCUUUUUUGAUUACAGGUACAGUCAAGCGGAUGCAUUGAAGUAUGUGGGCAUUGAGAGGGAAACCGACGUGUAGAUAUGCAUCUUGAGCGUGUCCGCAUUUAGCUGGUAACAUUUUUGCCUACCCACAAUGCUUUGCACUUCACUGAGGGUGAGAUUUAAGA